UAUUUUUAAUUGCUUGAGACCAAAUUAGAAAAUGCUAAAAAUCAAAAUUAGAAACAUAAAACAUGAACUCAUCAAGAGUUCCUAGUAAUCAGUAACUGAUCAUUUGAUUGUUUCUUCUUCUCCGCUAUAAUCCAAUAAUCCAUCCUUCCCGCCGCCCCCAAUCCUUGAUUCGCCUCACGAUUCAGUUGUGGAAUCUGUUCAGUGAUGGCAGACCUCAAACAAAGUCUGCUUCCACCGAAACCUGCAUCGGCUAUAAAUUUGAGAGACAAUUCAUACCGGCCAUCUGCCUCUGGCCGUGUCCCAUUUCAGGGAGUUGAUGUUUCAGGCCUCAAAAAGCGUGGGCAGGGCCUUCGAUCAUGGAUACGUGUUGAUGUAACAGGGAAUUCCCAAGUGAUUGAGGUUGACAAGUUCAGUAUGAUGCGUCGAUGUGAUCUUCCUGCACGUGAUCUAAGAUUACUAGACCCGUUAUUCGUGUAUCCAUCUACCAUCCUUGGCAGAGAGAAGGCGAUUGUUGUAAAUCUUGAACAGAUCCGAUGCAUCAUUACUGCAGAUGAGGUUUUGCUCUUAAAUUCCCUUGAUAGUUAUGUUCUGCAGUAUGUGGUGGAAUUGCAGAGACGGUUACAAGCUGCCGAAGUAGGUGAAGUUUGGCAGUCUGAGGGUCCAGAUUCAGGCAGAAGGAGAGGAGGCAGAAAUUUUGACAAUAUGUUCGGGAACAUAUCUCCAGAUUACCUGCCUUUUGAAUUCAGAGCUCUUGAAGUUGCAUUGGAGGCAGCCUGUACAUUUUUGGAUUCUCAGGCAGCAGAAUUGGAGAUUGAAGCAUAUCCGCUGUUGGAUGAACUUACUUCAAAAAUCAGCACACUGAACUUGGAACGAGUUCGUAGACUAAAAAGCAGGCUUGUCGCAUUGACUCGGAGAGUUCAAAAGGUCAGGGAUGAGAUUGAACAACUAAUGGAUGAUGACGGAGACAUGGCCGAAAUGUAUCUCACUGAGAAGAAAAGGCGCAUGGAAUCUUCAUUUUAUGGUGAUCAAUCUUUGGUAGGAUAUAAAUCAAAUGAUGGUGGAUUAUCUCUCUCUGCACCUGUUUCUCCUGUUUCAUCACCUCCUGAUAGCGGCAGGAAGCUUGACAAAUGCCUUAGCAUAUCAAGAAGCAGACAUGAAAGUGUCAGGAGCUCAGAAAGUGCCACAGAAAAUAUAGAAGAGCUGGAAAUGUUGUUGGAGGCCUACUUCGUUGUCAUCGACAGCACACUGAACAAGCUGACUUCGUUGAAGGAGUAUAUUGACGAUACAGAAGAUUUCAUCAAUAUUCAGCUGGAUAAUGUUCGGAACCAGCUUAUACAGUUUGAGCUGUUAUUGACUACUGCAACUUUCGUUGUUGCAAUAUUUGGAGUGGUAGCUGGUAUAUUUGGCAUGAACUUUGAGAUACAGAUGUUCAACAACGCUGGUGCAUUCAAAUGGGUCCUAAUAAUCACAGGAGUUAGCGGAGCCAUCAUUUUUUCGACAUUUUUAUGGUUCUUUAAGUAUAGAAGACUGAUGCCACUGUAGAUGACUGGAUGAAAAUGCAGGCUUUUGAGGCUGGAAAUGGCCAAGCAUAAUUUCUCCACAUAUAAUUGUACAGAAAUAUAUUUGUGUUAGUUGACCUUUCUUUGUAACUAGAAAACUGUUUGAUAGCUCCUAACUGCAGUUUGCUUUGCUGCAAGGAUAGAAAGAUAUGUCAUUAAACUAAGUUUACAGGAAUAAGUGAGCUUUAGCAUUGAUUUUUAGCAACACA